AUGCGAUCUCAGGCCCAAACGAUCAUCGCUGCGCUGGAUGCAGUCCAGCAUGAGGCGUUCGGCACGGAGGUAGAACGCCUGCAGGUACGUGCUGCAGCGCGCCGCCUGCUGGCCCGGGUUGAAACGCCCUAUGAGCGUGCGUGGGGCUACUGCUUCGAACACCCGGUCGUGUUCGCCGCCCUGCAGACCUGUAUCGAUCUGGGGCUGUGGAAAGCCUGGACAAAGGCGGGCGGCGGUGAGAAGUCUAUCGAGGAUCUGGUCAAGAUGACCACACCCACGGUCGAUACGAAUUUGCUGCGCCGCCUCUUCCGCUUGCUCGCGGCGUUCAACAUCGUGGAGGAGACGGGAGAAGAUCGGUUCAAACCUACACCGUUCUCGUUGGCUAUCGGCGACGACCGCAGCAGGGUCCGAGCUUCGCUCCAAGCUGCGACAAACCAGUAUAUACCGGCGGGCCACAACCUGCCCCGCUAUCUCGCCAAGAUCGGCUACAAAGAGCCUACCGAUGUCACCGUGAACAACCACACAGACUCAGACCCUGAUGGCCUCACCUUCUUCGGGCGGUUGCAGAAGAGCCCACCUUGUCUGGAGUCCUUCACAGGUCAUAUGGAAGCGUGGACCAAAUGGAAGACGCCCUGGACCAAGGUCUACGAUACGAGCCGGCUGCUUGACGGCGCCAAACUAGACGAUGGCUCUGCUUUUGUAGUCGAUGUCGGUGGUAACACCGGCACAGAUAUUUCCCACGUUCUGGAUAAACAUCCAGACCUCCCUGCGGGAUCGCUGGUUCUGCAAGAUCUUCCGGAGGUGAUUGCGAACGUGAACCUCGAUAAGAAGAUCACGCCUAUGGUGCAUGACUUUUUCCUGCCCCAGCCUGUGAAAGGAAGCCGCGCGUACUUUCUGCACGCAGUCCUCCAUGACUGGCCCGAUGAAAAGGCAAAGGUGCUGCUGGGGAACCUCAGAGAUGCCAUGAAAAAGGGCUACUCCAAGCUCUUCAUUUAUGAGGUCGUCGUACCGCCAAAAGGAGCGAGCAUCAGCCAAACCACGAUGGACGUCGAGAUGAUGUCCCUGCUGUCUGCUUCGGAGCGGACCCAGGCCGCAUGGGAAAAGUUGUUGACGGAAUCUGGUCUGAAGGUUAUCAACUAUUGGCCUGAUCCCCAGGAGUAUGAGAUGGUGAUUGAGACGGAGGUCGCGUAG